AUGGAAAACACAUGUUUUGGUUGUGGCUUUGCUUUAAUUGUACUAGUGAGCUUUUUCUUUCAUGCUAUAUGUUUAGAUAAUCAUCUAGAUCAUAAUGAUUUGGUAAUUGGAAAGAGUAGAGAAGCACUGGAAGUAAUCAUUGGCGGUGGCGGUGGCGGUAUUGGUAUUGGUGGUGGCAAUCCCCCUCAUCCUUUGUCAUGUUCACUGCCACCACCGCCUUCUCCAUGCCCAUUUGAGAGCAGACGCCUCGAGAUAGUCUACCCUAUAAUCCAAAGAUUCAAGAGCAAAAUCAAAAAGGAUCCACAAGGCAUUACCAAGACGUGGAAUGGCUAUGACAUAUGUAACAAAUACAAAGGUUUUUUUUGUGACAUCCUCAAAGACUAUGGCAUAAAGGCUCUAGCAGGAGUGAACUUCAAUGGCUUCAACUUUGAUGGACCCGAACUCGACCUCAAUGGCUUCAUUGAAGAAUUACCAGACAUAAUCGUUUUCCAUGCAAAUUCCAACAAUUUCAAAGGUUCAUUUCCAUCGAAGAUUUCCAAGCUCAAAUACUUGUAUGAACUGGACCUAAGCAAUAACAAAUACACUAGUGAAUUCCCAUACCAAAUUCUACGUUCCACCAAAUUAACUUUCUUGGACCUUAGGUUUAAUAAAUUUUCUGGGUUGCUUCCACCACAAAUUUUCAUGCUAGAUCUUGAUGUGCUCUUCGUCAACAACAACAAUUUCAUGCAAAAACUCCCUGACAAUUUGGGUUCCACCCCAGCUCUUUACUUAACCCUAGCCAACAACAAAUUUAUUGGCCCAAUCCCUAGAAGUAUUGGGUUGGGUCAAACAUCCAAAACCUUGAUUGAAGUUCUCUUUUUGAAUAACCAGCUAUCGGGCUGCUUGCCGUAUGAGAUUGGGCUUUUGGAAAAGGCCACAGUCUUCGAUGUGAGUCGGAAUUUCUUGACUGGCCCAAUUCCACAAUCUUUUGCAUGCUUGUCGAAGAUGGAGAUUCUGAAUUUAGCCAAUAAUCAGUUUUAUGGGCCUGUGCCUGAGCUCUUGUGUAAACUGCCUCAUUUGGGUAACUUGUCAUUGUCCAAUAAUUAUUUCACACAGAUAGGACCAGAAUGCUGGAAAUUGAUCCGAAAAAAGGUUCUUGACUUUAGAAUGAAUUGCAUUCCGGGCCUCCCAAUGCAGAGAUCACCGGCACAAUGUCAGGCAUUCUUGUCCAGGCCCAAGUUCUGUCCUCAAACUCCGAUGCCUUGCAAGGGGUUUAGUCGCAAUUCAAUAGAGCCGUCCGAAUUUGAUCCUAAGUCUAUAGCUCCAGCCAAGCCACCACUAUCUUACACUAUUCUGAAUCCUCACCGAUUGUAA